AUGGCAGCACCGGCAGGCCUGUGCAGAUUCUUGAAUAUCUGGGCUUUUCUGCUCCUUGUGCUUCCCUCUUUAGUGCGCUCCCUCUCAUUUAAUCUCUCUCGUAUUACUCCUUCGGAUGGCAAUGUGCGCAUCAAAGUCGAAGGAGACGCAUCCAUCACAACCCAGGGCAUCCAGCUCACGCCAUAUGAACGCAACUCGGUCUUGAAUUACAAAGCCGGCCGAGCCACGUAUGUGCAGUCAUUGCACCUAUGGGACAAAGCCACUGGAGAUUUAGCUGAUUUCACCACACGUUUCACUUUCAACAUCGACUCAGAUGGUAACACUAGCUUUGCUGAUGGGUUAGCCUUUUUCCUGGCCAAUUUUUCCACCCCAUUCAAUCAAACCGCCACUCUGGGCGGCGGCCUGGGCCUCAUGGACCAGACUCUAGUAACAAGCCCCGAGCCCUUUGUUGCUGUGAUGUUCGAUACCUUUUCGAACGUGAAGUAUAUCCCGAUGACAAAUGUGAGUAUCAACCUCAAUUCUUGGAACAGGUCCGCUAAUAGCACAGAAUGGCUGAAUGAUAUUACUAAGGGGGAGGAUAACAAUGCUGUUAUUACUUACCGUGCUAAGUCCAAGACUCUCCGGGUUGGCUUCACAGGGUUUUCGGAUGGUUAUUACCAGACAGACAGCCUUAGCUACGAGGUUGAUUUGAGGGAUUACUUGCCCGAAUUCGUUAGCAUAGGCUUCUCAGGAGCAACAGGAUGGCUUUUUGAGAAAAACACUGUCAGUUCAUGGCAGUUUGAUUCCACUCCGCUUAGGUCGGACAGUGUUUCUGCGCCGCCAGCACCCAGCCCUUCUAAGCCAGCACCUCCCACUAACCAUACAAUCAUCAUCCCAGAAGAAAAGAGCAGCAAGAAAGGGCUAGUGAUUGGAUUGAGUAUUGGUGUUUUAGUUUUUGUUGUUCUGCUGGGUUUAGCCAUCUAUACCUGUUUUAAGAAGAAAUGGGCAUCGAAAGGCGACAAUCUGAUUAUUCUUGGCCAGCCAAUUGACGAUAAUCAGAACACUAUUGGUCGAGCAAUGGAUGGUGAAUUUGAGAAGGCUGGCAGUGGGGCUAAAAAGUUCUCAUACACUGAAUUGGCCACUGCAACUAACAGCUUCUCAGAGGAGCAGAAGCUUGGAGAAGGAGGGUUUGGUGGGGUUUAUUUAGGUACCCUAAGAGGCAUGAAAGUGGCUGUCAAGAGAGUUUCUAGGGAGUCUAAACAGGGAAGGGAAGAAUACGCAUCAGAAGUGAAGAUCAUAAGUCGAUUGAGACAUAGAAAUUUGGUGCCACUUUACGGUUGGUGUCACGAGAAAGAGGAGUUGUUGCUUGUUUAUGAAUACAUGCCUGAAGGCAGCUUAGACUACCAUCUCUUCAAGAAAAAGUCACCCUUGAAUUGGAAGCUCAGGUAUAGAAUUGCACAAGGCUUGGCCUCUGCUUUGUCCUAUCUGCACGAAGACUGGGAACAAUGUAUAUUGCACAGAGACAUUAAGUCCAGUAAUGUCCUGUUGGAUUCAAUCUUCAAUGCUAGACUUGGUGAUUUCGGGUUGGCCUGGCUAGUUGACCAUGAAAAUGCACCCCAAAAAACUUAUUUAGGAGGGACACCUGGAUACAUAGCCCCAGAAUGCCACCUCACAUUGAAGACCAGCAAACAAUCAGAUGUGUAUAGUUUUGGAGUCGUGGCAUUAGAAAUUGCAUGUGGACGAAGAGCAAUUAUUCGCAAUGGACCUGAAGAUGUCAUACGCUUGGUGGAUUGGGUCUGGGAUUUGUAUGGAAUGGGAAAGCUACUGGAAGGUGCAGAUCCUAAGCUAUGCGGAGACUUUGUGGAGCAAGAAAUGGAGCGGCUAAUGGUCAUCGGGCUGUGGUGUGCUCACCCUGAUAGUGACACUCGCCCAAAAAUUAGCGAAGUUGUGCAUUCCCUAAAAUCCCAAGUAGUGCAAUUGCCCAUCCUUCCACCAAAGAUGCCCAAACCAGUCUACUCAACGUGUACUAGUACAGUCUCGUUCACUAGUGAGUAUCAUACCAAUUCCAGCAGCAACACACAUUUCACUUCAUCUUCAGUGUCUACAGGUUCUUCAACAUCUUCCUCAGUUCUGCAUACAUUCUGACUUCUGAGGGUACCAACAUCAUUAAUUCUCCUGCUAUGUUGUACCCAUUUUAAAACAUUAUAUUAAAUUAUCUGUUUUUGGAUGGAUUUCUAUGUUUCUUUCUGCUUUGAUUUCAUUGACAGGUUUCAUGUAUACAUUCUUAGGAGAUGAACAAUGAAUUGUAUGUUUCUGCUUGCUAAUUAGCAAUUGGAUAUAACAAUA